CUUUUGUUUUUUUUUCUCACUCACCUUUUUUCUUUAUUAUUGUAUCCUUGUCGUUUUUUUUUAUUUUUUUUUUAUUUUAUCAAUAUGGACCAAGAUAAAGAAUUCCUUGAUUGGGUAAUGCAAAAUAAUCCAAUGGAAGGUGCUACUUCUAAUUUUGAACUACCACAACAACAAUAUCAUUCAACACCUCAACAACCUCAUUACCCAAAUUAUCCUCCAUAUCAACCUACUUACGAUAAUGAAUCGAACCGAAGUUUCUAUCAAAAUACUCCGUCCAUGAUGCACGACAAAACUUCUCAACAUUUACCAUCGAACUACUCUGUUGAAAUACAACAUCAAAUGCAUUACUCAGGUCAACAUUCUCAUCAACAACCGAAAGAAUCAAAUAUAAACAAUGGAACAGGUCGCCUAUCUGAUGAAGAUGAAGAAAAUUACACAGAAGCACAAUUAAAGAUGAUGACAUCCAAAGAACGACGACAAUUACGCAAUAAAAUCUCGGCAAGAAACUUUAGGAAUCGUCGCAAAGGUAAAAAAAAAAAAAAAAAAAAAAAUGGGGAGGUUUAUGUAUGAAAGGGAGACUCAUCGUUUACAAAAUUAAAUAUUUUUUUUUCCCUUUAGAAUACAUUGCAUCCUUGGAGGGUGAAGUUGCCAAAUUCAAGAACGAGAAUAGCCAGCUGCGAUUGGAAAUUAAAUGGGUUCGUACAACAAUGAACAAGUUACAAAAGGAAAACGAUCAUCUGCGUGUUGAAUUGGCCCUUUGUCAUGGUGGCAUUA